AGGCGCGUGUAUGUGUGCGACUUAGUUACCUGGAUAGGAUUGACAUACAUCUCACAGAAGCAUUUCAAUAUUUUACUGUAAUAGUAUCAUAUAGUUGUUUUACAUGCCGUUGAAAUUAGUAAUCAAGAACUGUAAUCAUUCUGAUACAUAUUAAAUGAUAAAAAAGAAAUAUGAUAUAAGGCAUUUGUAAUUUAUUCUCGCCGGUGUUCACAUGGUUUUUUACAGGUUGUGUUACUAUAAAAUAAAUCAUUUCAAAUAUGACGAAAGAAUUGACUGAUAAAAUAUUGGAUUAUUUAGACGAGUACGGGGAAGUGAAUUCUCUAGAUUUAGCAGAUAUUUUUAAAGAAAACCAUCAAAAAAUUGUUGGAGCUAUUAAAAGUCUGGAAACAGUUGGUGAUUUAAUCACAACUAAACAGACCAGCGAUAGAAAGUGGGAAUUGACAUCGGAGGGCCAACAUAUAAUAAAUCAUGGAAGUCACGAAGCAGCAGUUUAUAAUGCAAUUCCUAAUGAGGGAAUACCUCAGUCCGAUAUCAUGCAGUUAGUACCGUUUGCAAAAAUUGGAUUUUCUAAAGCUUUAUCCGCCGGUUGGAUACAAAUUGAUAAAUCCAGUGGUACAUCUAUAGUAAGGAAGAAGGUAUCUUCUAUAACGGACGUUACACAAAAUGAUUUGAAGAGUCUCUCUAAUCUGAGCGAUCGCCUCAGAAAUGACUACAAAAGAAGGAAACUUAUUCAAGAGACAGUUAUUAAAUCCGUGCAACUGGGCAAAGGUCAAAACUUUUCAAGAAAAGUUGAAAAACUGGAAACAGAAUUGACUGCUGAUUUAUUAGCGAACGGCGCUUGGAAAGACAAAAAGUUCAAACCAUACAAUUUUUCGGCUCUUGGUGCCGCUUUAGAAGUAGGUCACUUGCAUCCUCUGUUAAAAGUCAGAAGCGAAUUUAAAAAGAUUUUCCUCGAGAUGGGAUUUACCGAAAUGCCAACGAAUAAUUUUGUGGAGAGUUCGUUUUGGAACUUUGACGCUUUAUUUCAACCUCAGCAACAUCCAGCGAGGGACGCGCACGAUACCUUUUUCAUAUCUGAACCGUCUCAUAGUAAGAAUUUUCCAAUGGAAUAUCUGGAGAAGGUAAAAAAAGUUCACAGCGAAGGAGGGUAUGGCUCUUUAGGCUAUUGCUACGAUUGGAAAAUAGAAGAGGCAGAAAAAAAUGUUCUUCGUACCCAUACGACCGCUGUUAGUGCUCGUAUGCUUUACAAGCUUAUGCAGCAGGGUGACUUUAUACCGGUAAAAUACUUCAGUAUCGAUCGAGUAUUCCGUAAUGAAACCUUGGAUGCUACGCAUCUGGCAGAGUUCCAUCAAAUCGAAGGUGUAAUCGCUGAUUAUAAUCUCACGUUAGGUGAUUUAAUAGGAAUUUUGUAUGAAUUUUUUAAGAAACUUGGUAUUACACAGCUUCGAUUCAAACCAGCGUAUAAUCCGUACACCGAGCCGAGUAUGGAAAUUUUUUGUUACCACGAUGGCUUGAAUAAAUGGAUAGAAAUUGGUAAUAGUGGAAUGUUCAGACCAGAAAUGUUAUUACCAAUGGGGAUUCCUGAAAACGUUAACGUAAUUGCGUGGGGAUUGUCGUUAGAAAGGCCAACUAUGAUUAAGUAUGGAUUAAACAAUAUACGAGACUUAGUUGGACCAAAAGUGGAUCUGGAAAUGGUUUAUAACAAUCCUAUUUGUCGAUUAAACAAGAUUAGACAUGUUCCUAUCGAAGAAAAGGAGCUCGAAGAUAGAAAUCAACGAUCAAACAAGCUUGAAAAUAAACGUUGCGCGAUUAGAUGUUCAGAAAAAAUGGAAAAAGAAAAGCUCAUUCUGUUUUGCGAUCCGAAGCAUCCGAUUAAAUGUAUCGAAUCUUUGUUCCGUUUCAUAAAACCUUAUAUCGAUAUUUUGGUAACAUCGCACGUUCAUUCCAGCGUUGAACAAUUUUCAAACGAUUUAUUAACAUUUUGCUCGGAAUAUCGAGAUUCGAACGAGAGCGCAGUAAUUCGUUUAACAAUAAUAUGGAAAGCAAUCGGAAUUGAUCCAAUAAUGCGUUUGUCGGGUACGCAUCAUAUAAGGGGCGAAGUGAACAUAGCACGAUAUAUUAAUCGUCUGAUCGAAAACGCUUAUCCAUACGUAUUACCCUACGAGAGUAAAGGCGCGUUAUACGCGAAUCAAAUCGAUCAUUACUUGGAAAAGAUUCACGGCACGUUGCACGCGAACGCGUGUCACGAUAUACGUAAAAAGUCACGCUACGUAAUGGGCGAGAAUAUAUCCAUCGUGGACAUUAUUUUGGAAACACUCGAAAGAUCUAAACUGCACGAUCAUGAAUAAUGUAAAAAUAAAACUUUAUAGCAACGUAA